AUGAGGUGGGAGUUAUCAAAUUAUAGCAUGCAGAUUUAUCUGAUUUGUAGGCUAAAUCAGGGAUUAACCUUGAAACAAUUGCUUUAACUAACUUCCAUAUCUUAUUCCCUUUUCUCUCUCUCCUUUUCUAAACAGUGAAUCUCAGUCAAGGUCAAGAAGAAUUGAUUCUCAGUCAAGAAGAAGUGAGUUUCAGCCAAGGAAAAUGCUUCACCAGGACCGACCCUUGAAUCCCCUGUACGGAGGCCAGGGAGGCGGCUCCUCGUCACUGCGGAUCCUCAGCAACAACAGCCAGCAGCAGGACGGCAACUUCAACUUCCUGGGUCAAGACAAUGACAUCAUGACGGGAGGGGACGAGAACUGCAACCAGGUGCGUCCUCGUAACCUGGGCCCGUUGGGCCGCGACCAGCCCCACCCUCCCUCAUCCUCCUCCAACCACUACGGUCCAGGGACCCUGUCCCCGCUCUCACGCCUCCCCUGCUGGAGCCCCCUGGAGCCCCUGUCUGAGAUUGAGAGUGGGGACGAUGGGUAUGGAAGAGUCCCCCCCGACGGCGCAGAGGAGGGCAAGAUGGAGGAGGAGAUGGGGAGGAUGAGCGAUGACGAGAAGGAGAAACAAGAGCUGGGGGGAGGUGUCAUGAAACAGGGAGUGGUGGUGGAAGAGGAGGAGGUGGAAGUAGAGGAUCCGGAGGAAUGGGGUGACAGCGACUCAGAGUUUGAGUUCAGCUACAGGUCCAGCGGCAGCCUGUCCUCUCUCAAUAUGGAGAGCGGAGGUGAAAGGACUGGGAUGGGGGGGUGGGACCGCAUUGGAGUGGGGGCGCCCAAGGUCAACCACCACCAGGGGAGUGACCAGGAAACCCCUGCCACCCCUGCAUACCCCCUUACCCCCUCUUUGACCAGGAAGUGGGACGACAAAACGGAGAGGAAAAGGAGCGGCACGCCUCUGAGAACAGGGAACAGCCUGCUGGACAGGGGAGCGUUGUCGGACUCAGACACGGACUGCGGUGAGCUGCCCGAGUUGGAGGAAGCCGUGUGGACCCUGAGGGACCGUGAGCGCUUCAAGGCCCAGGAGAUGGAGAAGCACCAGGUCCAGCUGACCAUGUACCGCAGGCUGGCUCUGAUCCGCUGGGUCCGCACCCUGCAGGGCCGCGUCCAGGAGCAGCAGAACCGCCUCCAGUCCAGCUUUGACGUCAUCCUCGACCACAGGAAGGAGCUGCUGCGCAUGGGCGCUGCCACCGCCAGCCAAUCGUAG